AUGUUGCUCCGCAGGGGUAGACUCCUCUUGCUCCUGGCGUUUUCUGCCAUCCUGGCAGCUGACUUUUACUUCCACUUGUGGCCAGAAAUUCAGAGCAGACUCAUCCGGGACUGCAACUGCCAAACUCGGAACAGCACAGUGCCAGCCUCAAGGUCUGCAGUCCCCAAUACCGCAGAAGCCACACCAAGGCCAACAGACCCCGGUACUACAGAACCAGCAUCGGUAUCCAGAGGUUCCAAAUUGCAGGACCUCUUCUCACACCCACUGUACCAGGUACAGGAGCCCAGACCUCCAACCCAGGACCUGCUGCUGGAUCCCCAUGAAGCCAUCCGCAACUACCGCAAGAGAGUUGCCAACCUCAACAGACGGCAGAGGAUGCAGCACACCGAGCACAACCUCACCACCUCCCUGGAGGAGUACCACACAUCCUGGCUGCAGUUCCAUCUGGGUAUCAGUAAGGAGGCACUCUACCCCCGGCACAGCUCAGUGGUGGACCAACUACUCCGCAAUAUGAAUACUCUGACCAUUAUAGGUGCAGAUUACAGUCCAGAUGAGAAGGCUCUCAAUGGGGAGUGUGACUGCAGCCAGAUUGUGAAGCCAAGCGGGACUCACCUGAAGUUAGUUCUGAGGUUCCAGGAUUUCGGGAAAGCCAUGUUUAAGCCGAUAAGGCAGAGCCGAGAUGAGCAAACUCCGGAUGAUUCUUUUCUUUUACUUUGUGGACUACCAGCGACAUAACGCUGAGAUAGCGGCCUUCCACCUGGACCGGAUUCUGGACUUCCGGCGAGUUCCCCCAGUUUCUGGACGACUAGUCAAUGUGACCAGUGACAUCCUGGAGGUGACCAGCAAUGCUGACUUGGAAAGUGUGUUCUUCGUCUCUCCAGCGAACAAUGUCUGCUUCUUUGCCAAGUGUCUGUACAUGUGUAAGACGGAGUAUGCAGUCUGUGGGAAUCCGCACACAUUGGAGGGAUCCCUCUCCACAUUCCUGCCUUCCUUGUCCUUUGCACCCCGUCUGUCUGUGCCGAGCCCCUGGAUCCGCUCCUACACCUUCACUGGGAAGGAAGGGUGGGAGGUGAACACGGCAUACUGUGACUCCAUCAAACAGCUGCCCCCCUACAACAACCCCCAGAGGCUCCUCGGUGUCAUCGACAUGGCCGUCUUUGACUUUCUGAUCGGGAACAUGGAUCGCCAUCACUACGAGAUAUUCACCAAGUUUGGAGAUGACGGUUUCCUUCUUCACCUGGAUAACGCCAGAGGGUUCGGACAACACUCCCGUGAUGAGACGACCAUCCUGGCACCUCUGUACCAAUGCUGCAUGCUGAGGGAGGGCACCUGGCAGCGGCUCAACCUGCUGGCUCUGCCUGAGUAUCGGCUCAGUGAUGUCAUGGGAGAGUCAUUAAGCCAUGAUAGCCUCAGCCCCAUCCUCACCGAGCCUCAUCUACGGGCCCUGGACAGGAGGCUGCAGACCGUCCUGAUGGUGGUGAGAAGGUGUAUCAAUGUUCAUGGAGAAGAGGCCGUGAUCCAGAAGAAAGUCAAGCACAUUCUUCCCAUCACCGUCCACAGACACACCUCAACCCUCCCCUGA